AUGAAUGCUGCCGAUAGGUACCAAGAAGAAGCCAAGAAGCAUAUUAGGGCAAAGGUAGAGGAAUUGGCGAACACGAGGAAGGCAGGUCUGAUGCUAAUGGACACUACUGAUACUUACCAAGAAGCGGCAAGGAAGCAAAUUAAGGAGAAGGCGGAGGAGCUGGAGGACGUGAGGAAGGCGGUUGUGGUGCUGAUGAAAGCAGCCAAUGCGUACCAGCAAGAAGCGAAGAAGCAAAUUAGGGAUAAGGUGGAGGAGCUGAAGGUCAUGGGGGCGCAGAAGGUGGAGCUGGAUGCGAGGGUAGAAUCUUUGGAGUCAGAGCUCAGGGCAGCUAUGGCAAAGAACCAGGAAUUGGAGGAUGAUUAUGCUAAGGUGAAGGUUGAAAAUGAUAAGCUUCGAUUGGAGGUUGAGAGGUUCAUGAUGGAAUUAGGAGCAUUGGCGGAGGAGGAAGAUGCAGCAACAAAGGCAUUUGACAUUGAGAAGGAAGAAAUCUUGAUGGAAUUGGAGGACUCUAAGAUCGUGAAGGUGGAGGUAACUCAAGACAACAAGAAUUUGAUGAAGUGUGAAAAUGAUAAGCUUCAGUUGGACGCUUUUGAUAGCGGAGCUUAA